CUAUUCUUUCUGAAACCAAUCAUAUUCUAUGGGAAACAUUCAUAAUUGACAAUAUUGACAUAUGAGAUACAUAACCUUAUUUUUUGACACACAAUGGAUUCGAACAAUUUUAUAAAAAAAGCGACCAAGAAACUGCGGCGGCAUCAGCACGUUCUGACCAAGGAAACAGGAGUGACGUGUUCCGCAGCCCCCACGACGAACUUGGGCAUUUGCAAUACGGGUGCAGUCAAUGGCUUAACCGAAGAAACAAUCAUUGAGAAUUUCCACCACUUCGGCCCCCUCGAACGCAUUUUACUAAUCCCUGGCAAGUCAUGUGCUUUUGUCAGCUACAAAAACCAAACCAGCGCCAUAAAAGCAUUUGAGAGUGCCAACGCCACACUGAAGAUCGCUCAAGGGGGCAAACCCGUCUACUUAACGUACGUGGAAGCCCUUCCAGAAGCCACUCACGACAAAAUUUAUGACCGCUUACCCCCAGGUUUGACAAUAAUUGAAGACUUCAUUAGCGAACAGGAAGAACAUGUAUUGAUAUCUUUGUGCAACUUUAGCCAAAUUAGUGGUAUGAAACACCGACAAGUCAGACAUUUUGGUUAUGAGUUCCGCUACGAUAUUAACAACGUCGAUAAAGACAAACCCCUUCCAGAAAAAAUCCCUAAUGAAUGUAAUUCCUUAUUAGAGCGCCUCCCUAUUAGUUUUCACCCUGAUCAACUGACAGUCAAUCACUAUAACCCCGGUCAAGGUAUACCGCCUCACAUUGACACCCACAGCGCGUUUGAGGACCCAAUUUUGUCCCUAAGUCUGAAUUCCGCCGUCGUUAUGGAAUUUAAAAACAAAGAAACCGUCUGUGUUCUUUUACCACGUCGUUCGCUACUUAUAAUGUCAGGAGAGAGUCGCUACGCCUGGACUCACGGGAUUAUACCACGAAAAUACGACUUCUGCUACUCAGGGGAAGGUUGCAACGCUUUUGAGCGCGGAAUUCGGGUGUCCUUUACUUUCCGCAAAGUCAGACAAGGAGAGUGUGAUUGCACAUUUCACAGGUUCUGUGAUUCGCGCCAGAAAAACAAAAUUGGUGCCGAUUUGGCGCAUAAAUUGGAAAAUCAGCACGUUCAUGACGUUUAUGAAGACAUUGCGGGUCAUUUUAGCGAAACUAGGCACAAACCGUGGCCUAAUGUUCUCAAUUUUGUUAAUAAUUUGGCAGUUGGGAGCGUUCUGGUGGAUGUGGGGUGCGGCAACGGGAAGUAUUUUGGAUACAAAAAGGAAAUAAUUGAGUUAGGUACUGAUCGCAGUUUUAAGUUGAAUGACGUCUGCAAAGAGAGAGGGUUUGAAGUCUUCACUGGAAAUUGUCUUAGUUUGCCUUUGAAGGAUGAAAUUGCUGAUGCCGUGAUUAGUAUUGCUGUUAUUCACCACCUGUCAACUGAAGAAAGACGUUUGAAGGCGGUUUCUGAAAUCGCUAGAGUCUUAAGACUAGGUGGUGAAGGUUUAAUAUGUGUGUGGGCUAAGCAACAAGUGAAGAAUCAUGAAAAAUCGACUUAUAUUAAGCAGGAUCGGAAAAAUCGAAGGAAUGACGAGAUUAGGGUUCUGGAGGGUGUUAAUUUACCCGUGCACACGAACAGGACCGAUUUUAAUCAUAGUGACGUUCUGGUGCCAUGGAAGUUGAAAAAUCAAGAAGUGACUUUUUUGAGGUUUUACCACGUUUUUGAGGAGGGGGAGCUGGAUCAGUUGUGUGAAAAGGUCGGGGGGUUGUCGUUGGUUAAAAGUUACUACGACCAAGGAAAUUAUUGUGUACAGUUUAAGAAAAUAUAAAUAAUAACCCCUGUA